CCGGAGGAGACGGUCGGCCCCAGCAGCGUAGACCGUCGAGCAUAAUGGACUGACUUACAUCAGUGUUUGAGGCGAUGUUCAGAUUUGUUUGCCAUGGAAACAGAUAUGAUCCCGAAAUUCUCCUCCAAAGACGAGGAAAUUGACUUCUGGAAGGCUCUGUCCCUCAAGUACAAGAAAGGCUGCCAGGAGGCUCAGGAGGAGCUGCUGGAGUUUCAGGAGGGGAGCAGGGAGCUGGAGGCCGAGCUGGAGGCCCAGCUGGGUCAGGCCGAGCAUCGUAUAAAGGACCUGCACUCUGAGAACCACAGACUGAAGAAUGAGGUCGAAACACUUAAGGAGAAGCUGGAGCAGCAGUACUCUCAGAGCUACAAGCAGAUCUCCAUGCUGGAGGACGACCUCGGCCAAACGCGCAGCAUCAAGGAGCAGCUCCACAAAUACGUCAGAGAGCUGGAACAGUCCAACGAUGACUUGGAGAGAGCCAAAAGAGCUACGAUUGUGUCUCUGGAGAACUUCGAGCAGCGUCUGAACCAGGCCAUUGAGAGGAACGCCUUCCUGGAGAGCGAGCUGGAUGAGAAGGAGUCUCUUCUGGUCUCUGUGCAAAGAUUAAAGGAUGAAGCCAGAGACUUGCGGCAGGAGCUGGCUGUGCGAGAGAGGCAGUCGGACGUAACCAGGAUGUCUGCUCCGAGUUCGCCCACACAAGACAGUGUAAAGAUGGACACUGCUGUGCAGGCCUCUCUCUCCCUCCCUGCCACCCCGCUGGGCAAAGGUCUGGACAACGCCUUUGCCAACCCGGCAGUGUUAUCAAAUGGUUAUGGCAGCAACUCUCCACUGACUCCCUCUGCCAGAAUAUCAGCCCUCAACAUCGUCAGUGAUUUACUGCGGAAAGUCGGGGCUCUGGAGUCAAAACUUGCCGCUUGUAGGAACUUUGCCAAGGACCAGAAAGCCAGGAAGGCAUACGCUCUCGACAACAGCAAUGCGCUCAACGCAAACACAGCCAAGUACUCGCAGUCGCUCCAUACGUCAUAUUUCGACAAAGCCAGAAGGAACGUGAAUGGACUGGAACCCGGUACCCUGACAGCCAUCACCGUCCCUCCCACUGCCACCUCCCCAGGCUUAGUGCCCCUCGCUGUGUGACGGUGCCCCCCCCCCCUCAAACCCAACACACCUCGCCUGCGACAGAAAGAUCACAUUCAAGAAGAGAUGAGUCCAGACAAAGAGGGAACACAAAUGGCUAAUACUGUAAAACUCUGUUGUAGUUUUACCCUGGGUGCUCUCCUCAUCUUCUCUCUCUCUCUCUCUGUUGUUCCAACACCUUGUGCUUCGUCCCUGCUGUAAUUAUGAAUCCCUGUCUGUAUAUUUUAUGUGUUGCUGUAGCUGCUGUUUGCCCACUGGCUUGAACAAAGAUGAUAAAACCCUCUCUGCUAUUGACACAUUUAAAGUUCUACCCCUGAUUUGAAAAGGGAAAUAUUGUGCAAUUGAUGUUUUUAGUGACACUUUUUUUCUUUUUUUUUUAUUUAAAAUUUUCCACAACUUCCACUAGCAAUAACUUCAAUUAAAUGCACAGUUAAGUGCACUCACAUCCACUGCUGAAACCAUGAAGGGAAAAUCAGAGGUUUAAUGGGUUGGCACAUGUGCAGACAUCCUGAAUAAUCGUGUGCCGCAUGACCGAUGUCUCCAUCAAUUAUUGAUGUUUCAAAUUGUCCAACAUACGAGCCUGAUGUUUUAAACAUUAUCUAGGGGUUCGAGUGAUUCUGGCUGCCGUUGUCAUCUUGUUACCCCUGUAAUACGGUGUCAAAGGGGGAUUCUUUGUGUCAUUGUAGUGAGUCAAACACACCAUUAACUUCUGAACUAUGUGACAUGAUGUGUACAGUAUUGGUCAUAUUGAUCGUUAUUUAUUGACAGCAGGUUAAGCGCUGCUGUCGUCGUGUUCAGACCAGUCGACCAGCAUUCUUGUUUUCUGUAGUCAAAGUGUUUCAUCCUGUUAAAAUCCGAUUUAUUCCACAGCCCAUUUUCAGCACUGUACAAUACACAAUAUGUAGGUGAAGCACUUUGACCUUGCGUGAACUUUAAAUGUCACUUUUGUUAUUUUCAUUCAAGUGCAAUAUUAUCUGUUAUUGUUUGUGGAUUUGAUUUAUUUCAGACUUUUAUGGCAUGUUUUAUUAAAAGACAUAAUUAUACUCCAUCUAUUAUAUUUGUAAUGUUUCAAUCAGCUGAGGAUCAGCAACCAACACUGC